AUGCUGUUUGGGGGCAAGGACAUUGCACUGUUGGAGCAUGGGUGCCAGGCCCUUGCGGUGAACAGUUACAAGUCCCUGAUGAUCCGAGGUAUCCCGGAAGACUGAAAUCAUGAGAACUUUGAAGAGAUCACAAGUCCCCCACCCCGACCCUAAAACUUUGAAGUGGCUGGAAAGGCCUUUGUGGAAGAAGAGAGCUCUGGAGCAUCCACCUUUAGGCUGGCUGAGGGCAUCAAUUACGCCGUGAUCCCCAGGGAAAUCAAGGGCAAUGGCAGAACGUGGAGCGUGGUCUACAUGCCCCAGAAGCAGUUCCUGACCAAACCGACCGUCUUCCCGCAGAGCGAGGGCGGGACGGUGAAGGAUGUGUCCGGGGUCCUGAGACAGGAGCUGCGUCCAACAGUGAUGGGCCCCAAAGAGCUUCCUGCCAGGAAGUGCACUGUGUAGGGGCCAGGGAAGAAGCAGGGGGCUGGGGCCACGGACAGGGUGAUCCAAGUGCCACCUCUGGACUCCUCAGAGAAGCAAAGCAAGGCUGGAGAUGGCAAGAAAGGCAAGGGGACACAGAAAAACCGUUGACAGCACCACGCAUCUGACAAGGAGCUGUGA